UGUUUGAAUUCCCCGCGUACAUGGGAAGUACAAAUGGCUUAGUUUGCAAACUAGUCACAUUCAUUUUCCACUGGUCGAAUUUAAUGAAAAUUUUGUGCACCUGCUUCCGUGGAAUUUUCCGACCGAAUGCAGUGCAGCAUUUAAUUUCGGACAUCAUCAAGUUGGAGAAGAACAUCCGCGAAAUCAAGAGGAGGAAAAAUGAUCGGAACAACUCGCUCUACAGAGGACUAAUGUUUGUGAACGCGUGGUUUCCAAUUAUUGUCUGCGUGAUUUAUGCAGUAGAUUUAAAUGGUAAUCCGGAAAUUCGAAUUGGAGAAAUUUUUCAGAUUAUUAAUCGUGUAGGACUGGUGGUUAUGCAUUCGUCCUUUUGCACUUUUACACUCAUCAUUUAUCUUCAAUUGAGGGAGACGAACAAGCAGUACAAGCGAUUGAGGAAUUCGCAUCUUUCUCUCGCGCACAGAAUUUGGGGUUUGAAAGUGGCGGUGUGGCGCCACUGUACCAUAACAAAAGCUUGGAAUCAGCUGAUUGAUGUUUAUGAGUCGUAUUUAUUCUUCGAGAUGAUUUCGAUGACUGCGGCAACUCUUGGCAGUUUGUAUUACGUCUACAGUUAUUUUGCUCCGGGGAGAUACUUGGAAUACAAUUUUCUACCAUUGCGGGAAAUUUUGCUCGUCGUUCAAGCAAUCUACGAGAUUAUGAUCAUUUGCAAACUUUGCGACUCCAUAGUGAAUGAGAGUUGCAAAAGAGGAAUAAUGUCCGAAGAAGCUAAAUUGAAAACUACACCGCUCUUCUUGAUGGAGUCACCUUCUGGUUUCAAGGGCGUGAAAUUGCAAAGAUUGUCAUGCAAGCUGUACGGACACUUCACAUUGAACAAUAGCUUGUUAAUUAUGGUGUGCUUGUGCCUGCUCUCGUACGGCAUAUUUUUCUCUCUAAAGAUUAUAGGAAAUCUUGGAGAAUUUUUGGCAUUGCAAAAUUUGUUGUAAAUUUCGUAAUGUGUGGAUGCCGCAGAUGAUUCGGGCUCAUUUAAAAUGAAUUUUUAAUUCAUUCAAUAUUUAAAAUACGACCCUUCUCUACUGACACAUCGCUACGGGCGUUCACACCGAUAUGUAUUAGUAAUUUAUAAAUUCGCUUAAAGCCAAAACAGCAAUUAAUUAUUUUGUGGCGCUGUUUCUUAAGAUAAAUCGUUUUGGCAGGACUAGAGGAGUGAGUGCCAGUGUAGGACUUCCAGGGCCGCUUUAAGCGAAAAGUAUUUCUUUUAUCAAACUUUUCGUUUACAUAAGAUUAUUGUAGAUAUAAUUAAGACUCGUUAAUUGUUGCCUCACAUUCACCGAAAAUUGUGCACAAAGUGUGGUGUUUGUGGGUUGGAACAUUUUAUUAUACUGUAUAUUACACGUACAAUGUUGGAGAUUAAUGCAGAGUGAAAUUGUGUGGCGCAUGGAAAUUAUACUUUUAAGCUUGUUAUGUAAUUGUUAUGAAUUGGAGAUAAUAAAGAAGCCUUUAAAAAUGACAUAGUCUUGGGAGAGAUUUGCAGGGUCCAACCCUGCAGAGAUGAGGCGACCACAUUCCUCUCCCAGCACUACUCUUU